AUGUCCAAACCACACCCAGAAACAUUAAUACAACCAACUUAUGAAGAAAUUGCAUCAGAUUUAAACUCGGAAAAAGUCAACGUGGAAAGACAUUACAAGAAACUGGCAACAGCUGUCACCGAACAAGGAAAAUACUGUCACAGAGAAAUUAACAUCACUGUCAACAAACAGAAAUCUGAAAUUGAAGAGAUGAAAACUAAACACCUGGCUGCUCUUUAUAAACAUGAAAAUGAAAUCAAACAGAUAACUUCUGAUAUCAAACAGAGUAUUCUUGACUUGAAGAAAAUACUGGACUCAAAAGAUGUCUCCCUAAUCUCCGUGUACAAAUCCAUGAAUACAGAAUUUAGACGAUUACCUGCUAAACUCAAUGUUUCGUUACCAAGUUUUUCGCCUCAUCAGAUCAACACAGAACAGCUCCAUCAAAAGUUUGGUUCUCUGUCAGCAUUAUCUAUUUCAACAGAAGAACAUGGCUACACAAUGAAAGCACCAGAAGCUAUAACCUUCAGUGACAAGGAGUGGACAGCUGGCCCUGGUUCAAGAACUGUAAACAUAGUGAAGAUUGACCAGAUACAGGAAGUGAUCAGGCUACAGGGGUGGAGACCUUACAAUGUCUGUAGUACCUCCUCUGGUGACCUCCGGAUUAUGAUGGACAGUGAUAAUGAUAAACAAUCAAAAGUCGUCCGUUACUCAGGUUUCACAGAGAAACAAUCCAUUCAGUUUGAUAGUGAAGGUAAACCUCUGUAUUCAUCUCACCUCCUUAAAUAUAUCAGCGAGAACAGGAAUCUGGAUAUCUGUGUGGCUGACAGUGGUGCCAAAGUAGUAGUGGUGGUUAAUCAGAUACACUGGUCAUCCUUCUACUGA